ACAAAUUAUCGGAGCUGGGCUUAACGCGAGAUGAUCAGGCUCGACAUGUGAACAAGAAUAUAAGAUUCAAGCUCACCCACAACGACGCGGACUGUUCUAUACACCUUAGCAAGAGUAGAUGAUAGAACUAUAAGUCUGGAAGUCAGAAUUAUAAGACGUCAGACUUACAAGUCAUGAGAGCAUCUCGAUCUCGAUCGCUCGAUGCUACAUCUUGCCAUCUCUUAAUUAAUCGUAUCGUUCCCACCUCAAGUAGGGGAAUCUCAUAUAGGAGAAAUACUACACAUAGACAGAUAGGGGAAUAGGAAGUAUGGCAACACGUACUGUCGCAAGGCAUGAUGUCCCUUCACACAUUUCCUAUGUGUUUGUGUACAUGUCUAACACAAAUUAAUUAAAAUUAAAAUUUAAUAAAUCGAUAAUUUAAGCUUCAUUUAAUGCGCGUGUAAUUCAUUACGAUUUCAUUAGGUACUAAAUUAAUUUGAAUCUAUAAUAAAUUUCAAACGUUUAUAAUUUCGAGUCAUCAUUCCGAAUAUUGAUGAAUUCAUACCAACUCCUUCCUUCUCAUCUCAAUCGCAAGAACCAUCGCACAUACCUCAACUAAAUACAUACAUUCAUAUUUAUACAGGGUGAAUCCGGAGUGGUCUGGUUCCUCGCAGUAGGUAAGUGUGCAACCAAACUUAAAUCAUGCUAUAAAGGUUCCAUAUCAAUCAGCCGACAGGGGCACGAGAUACAGCUACAUGUAAUUUUUCAAAUCACAUUAUAAUAAUCUAUGUAUCAGAUCUGCUCCAGCUGUACUUAUUAAAAAAACUUAUAUCAAUCACAUCUGAUAAAUCUAAAUGUUAUAAGAACUUCAGCAGAUAACCUAAAAGGAGAAACAUGAACAUAUUCAAUAUUCAGUUGCUUUUUUGCUUGGAAAUUACCCUCAUAAAUCUAUCAUUUCAUGGAAAUACUGACUGAACAUGACGUAUUUUUGCGGAAAAGCGCGAAUUUUACUUUUCAUUUUACUUCAAUCAAAAGGUAUUUUUUUAGAGCAAGAAAUACGAGAAAAUGACAAAACAAAACACUUACACGAGUCGAUUUCCAAUAUAUUCGCAAUCAACGCCGAAGAUGCAAUCGAAUUAAUCUCCACAACGGCAAAUUAUGAAAUUAAGGAGUUCGAAUACAAUGUCAGCGAAAAAGUUAACCCAUUCCAAACAAAGUUUUUCUUUCAGAACAUUCGCAUGUCGAGAUAUGAUAGAAACAGUCCCGGGAUAUGGUGGUUAAGCUCAGAGUCUGAAGAAGAUAUACCACCACAAUUACAUUGGGAAUUUAUUGAAAAAAAAAUGAGCCUAUAUUACGAAGAUCUCCGCAUCUCAUUUUACGCGGUGAUUGGCGCAGUCAAAGGCGAGAAUUUAUCUAAGAUCGAAAUACAUCCUGAUUUUAGAAAUUUUACGUUAACUGCUGUUGGAUCAUACAUCGAACAUGACGAUUUGAAAUUCUCGUACAAUAUCGCAUACAACGGUCUCAGAUGUUGGUUGCCGACUAUUUGGUGGACUAAAAUCAUAUCAGUGGAAGAUGAUCUCAAACAAUUGGAGCAACAAAUUAUACCCGCUUCGUUGAUAGCAAUGGUACACAAUAAUCUACGCAAUAAUAUGGAUUUUUCUGAUACAUUGAAGGAAAUUUUCCAAACGUACGAGCAGCCCAGAAAAGAAAUCAUUUCUAAACAUCCGGAUUUCUUGAAUAAUCCGCAACAAUAUUACUACCUCAUACCUGAAUAUACUUAUUUCCGUUUUAUUCUAAAAGACAUCGUCAUUAGAGGGCUGUCAAAUUUCAAAUCAUUUAAAUGCAUUCGCAGUUCAUCUGGAAUUUUCACGCAUACUUUACACGUAAGAGAUGUUCGAGGAAACAUGAUUUUGGAUUACAGAUCUGAGAACGCGACGAACAUGGAGUUGAAUUUCCAAAUAGAUCAUCUCUUUGUAUCUAGAAAAGAAGACAGUGGUUGUGUUUUUGCCAAAGCAAAAUUUUACACCGUAGUUGCCACAAAAACGAAUGUUUCUUUGAGUGCUCGUCCAUCACAAGUGAUUAUGAAUGGAUUUGAAUCGGCCAUCGCUUCUUCGUUAUUGCCUUCGAUGAAGAUUGGAAAAACUUGUGACCUAGAAACCUCACUGGAAGAAAUCGAAAUUUCCAACGUAUUGUAUUCGAUUGAUAAACAAUAAAUGAAUUGUAACCAUGAUGGAUUUUAUUCAAUGAUAACAAAAAUCAUUAAAAAAAUAGCUUCAUAUAGCCACAUAAGAUCCCGGAAGUUCUGCAAAUCAAAUUUUGAAGAAGUAAUAGCUCUAUGAAAGAGAGAGAAUCACUGGGUCAUUCCAUGUCAAAUCGCGAAUCGGCGGAUUUUCGCACGAAGGGGUCUUCGAGUUUUUUUCAAGAUCAGAUCAUGUGUAGAGGUCAUCAAACGAUGACGAAUUACCCAAACCGGUCAUUUUUUCGAUUUUUUGACGGGGCUGUGGGGUUUCACAGUUCUCCAAAAUGUCUGAAAAUGGAAAUUUUCAGUUGCAAAUUGCUCCGGUUGCACGUGAUAUAGAAUUUUGAACUUUCUUUGAAAAUUGUAGUACUUUGAGAGGGUAAUUGACAAAUGAUGUCAAAAUCAGUGUUGCCUUUACGAAAAACUUGUAAUCAGGAAACGGGCUCAGAACUAGGUAAGUAUUGGUAUUUUUUUUCACCCCUGCCCUGCUCAUGGUGCGGGACAUCUUGAGGGGUGUCGACGGGGGGACAAUCAUCCAAGAGAAUGAAAACCCUCAAAAACGAAAAAAAAGCGUUCUAAAGAAGAAAAAACUUCCAAAAAAAAAA